AUGGUUCCAAGAUUGCUUUGUAUCUUCUGGGCCUUCAUCACCGGUGCUAGAGCCAACGGUGAUGAUGGGCUUUCCGACUUCUCCAAUGACCUGGCUACUGACCUGGCCCCCCUUCUCGUUUUGUUCGGCGAUGCCAUGACCAAGCAAUACCUCAGCGAGAGUACCUCUUUCCUCGACUAUUUAAUCUUUGCCAUGGGCCCAAUUGGUAUCCUAACCGCAAUGGUCUCUACGAUCCGUGUCUGUGGCCACUCAUCUCUUCGCGCUUUCAUCGGCAAAUCUCAAGAAGGCGAAGGUACGAUAGAGGCUGAGCUGUGCUCCUCUACGAAUCGUGAUGUGUGCGAGCUCUUCAACCGUGGUGGUAUCGCACGUGUUCUGGGCCGCCCCAAUGUCCUCGAGCUUGUGUAUACCCCCCAGGAAGGCACCGAAGGGCCCCGGUCUUUGGCUGAUCCAGAUGAUUUCACGUUGGACCUAUCUCGAGAUUAUUUUGUGCGAGCUUCUGAAUUUGGCUCCUCCACUGGCUGGAAGAGAAUCAAAGGCACUGUUCUCGAGCGAUCAACCAAAGAACAGGUAUUGGCAGAGGAACUUGCCCCAAGUCCUAACCUGUCCCUCAACGUGGGAAUCUUCAAGCGGGCGAAAUGGGUCUCUAUUGCAAUAUCUGUGAUAGGAAUCUUCCUUCAAACUGGGGUGCUGGCUCUCGCUGGUGUAGGUGUCUGGUUUCUUGGAUGGAACCUCAAUGGAGGCCGCACCUCGGCCUCGAAGAACUACGCGCCUGUUAUGUUCAUUGCUGGAACAGUUCUCAUGUGCCUCGGCAUGUGGAGUUGCGCAUACCUCAUCGGCCAGACCACGCGAGAGGUCCGCUUUCGACGGUGUGAUCCUAACUCGACGGAUACCACCUCAGAAGACUCGUCUUCCGUUGCUACUGGAGCCUGGUCUUCCUCCUCCCAAAGCUCGUCAACCGGUAUCUCGUAUGGACCAGUGCGCAGAAGAACAAGACCUCAAGAGGUUCUUACCCAAGAUGCAAAGUCACGGUUGUUUUGGCUACAACCUGGCCCACAAGUCAUCGGGGACCAAAGUUUUGACCCGUUUGGCUACGUCGAGGAUCCAGCAAACCCGGUGCAAGUUUGGACGUCUUCCCGAAAAGAGUUCAACGAUGCCUUUGAGAUGCGGACCUACUUUGCUGUCUUGGCUGUGCUGAUUGGGGAUCUGGAGACGACUCAAGUUCUUAUGAAUACAGACCACCGCAAGCUUCGAUGA